CUUGCUCAAAAUUUGUGGAAAUGGAUUCCUUCAAAAAAAAUUGUGGAAAUGGAGCAUGUCUGAAGACGGUGCCAUGUGCUGGGACUGAAGACUGGGCCAUGUCACGUGCUGGGACUGACCACUGAAGACGCCUUUCCCGCUGCCCCCCAUUCCGAUUCAAAAUCAAGCGGCGCGCGGCGGGCAGGAAAAAUACGUUGAGAUGGCGGAUCCGAGCGGGCGGCGGCCGCGGCACCACCCGGCGGUGAACGACAUCCUGUCCACGCUCGCCGAUGCCAGCGCCGCCCUCGCCGACGUGCAGCGCCGCCUCGACCUCGAGUUCCGCGCCUCCUACCCCGACCAUGCGAACCCGGCGAAGCUGGUGGCGCGGGUGAAGCGGGUGCAGGAGGAGGUGGCCGCGCUUAAGGAGCUCUGCCGCGACCUCCUCACCCAGAAGCAGGAAUUGAUCGAUCGGAUACACAUGAGCCUGAUGGCGCAGCGCAGCACGACGCAGCGGCUGCUCGCCGCGUCCGGGCUGCCCUCCUUGUCCGACGUCGACGAGGCCGCCCACAAUAGCCUCAACGCGGUGAUCGACGAGUGGACAGCUCACGUGAGUCCCAUCACAGGGGAGGACAAGGCAAAAGAUGCCAACCAGAUCCUCUUCUCCGCGAUCAUAUAGAUGCAGAGGAGCCGGUGGUGAAGUCACUUCUGCGCUUGGGUACAGUUUUGCAGCGAGCUUGUCCAUAACAACGAUGUUGUGUUGCAUCUGAAACACAUUCAGCAGUGAGUUCUUGGUUUGCGAUGUUGUUCUCUGCUGGGAAUUUAUCUCUUUUUAGCGUUGUAAAUGAGUAUCAACUAGUACCUUUGGCUUGUUUGCUAAGUCAAGCGUGUGGAGCAUUGGUAAUUUACUGUUUUAUACCUCUGUAAAAGGUGUUUUCAACUCAAAGCAACAAUAAAGAUUAAAUGAACUGGUGUGUGCGGAAAAUCACCACAAUGUCAAAUCGAGUUGUUA